AUGCUUGAAAUGAUACAUCCAAAUGUUACGUGUAAAAUUGACAAGAUUGAUCGAAGGACAUCAGCUUUGAAUGUUUACAUAGGAUUUAAAGUUCCAACCGAUCAUAUUUUUUCACAAUGUCAUUUGUAUUAUAAAUCUGACGGAGUUUUCCGAGAAGUCAUAGUAACUCCAGAAUUCGAUUGGUGCUUAAUUGGAAGAGCUACUCAAGAAGGAUUUUUCCUCCAACAGUUUUCUGAAAUGAUCAGAAAGGUUGUUCCAAAAUUAAUUAGCGAUUGUCCUCGAUCAUUCUUGGAAAUUAGAAAUUUAACACUUCCAUCACAUCCGUUCUUUAAUUUCUUGCCAAGUGGAGUUUUUAAAUUUAUUGCCAAGAUGAGGCAGACAACAGCUUUGAACUUUAAUGUCCACUUGUGCAAUCCAACUGAACAUAUUUUCCCACAAUUUAGUCUUAAAGUCUCAAUUUCUCUCAAGCUUCAAUUGAUAUUGCUCUACAAAACAUCUGAUGGAAGCUUCCGUGAAGUCAUUAAAUCUCCAGAGUUCGAUUAUUGCCUCUUAGAAUCAACACACUUCGAUGGAUUUUUACUGGAGCAACUGACUGAAUUAUUCAGGAAAGUCAUAGCAAAAGGAACUUAUAAAUGUCCUUUAAGUGUCAUUUCAUUUUGGAACAUUACACUUCCAGCUCACAAGCUAUUUUCUUACUUGCCGAGUGGACUUUUCAAAAUUAUCGUUCCAAUUAGAUAUGAUGACAAAGGACCAAAUAGUUUUAAUAUCAAAUCACGUUUAUUCUUCAAAAAAGAAGGAAACUACAGAGAAGUAAUUUCACCACCUGAAAUUGACUUAUGCUUACUUGGAUUGUCUCAAGGUGAUAACUUUCUGACGCAACAGAUUACUGACAUGCUGAAAAAAGUAAUCGUAAGUUUAUCCACUAUAUGCCCGAGGAACAGUUUCAAUGUAACAAAUUUGGCAUUUCCACCUCAUAAACUUUAUUCAAUCUUACCGUCUGGAUCUUAUAAAAUUGUACUUCAUGUGAAGUUCCGUGAGACAUCUCUAACAAUGUUCACUUUAAUUGGAGUGUUUCAGUUUGAGUCACUUAAGGAUAAGCUUGGAAAUUAA